GGGAGGGGGGGGAUGGAGGGGCGGCUGAGGAAGGAGCAGGCCCUGUCUGAGGCCAUCCAGUUCUUCCGUGCCGACUUCCUCACCGCCCAGCAGCGCGCCGGGGUACUGUCCGGCGAGGUGGCCAGGUUCCUGCCGCUGGCAGGGGCGGGGGGCGGCGGAGGAGGCGGAGGCGGAGGAGGCGGAGGAGGUGGUGGUGGAGGAGGAGGAGGAGGGUUCUACGGCGGCGGCGGAGGCGGUGGCGGAGGCGGUGGUGGGGGUGGAGGCGGCCCGCCUCCCGAGGGCCCUGUGCUGGGCACCUGCCAGAGCUGCGGUGCCGGCGGGCUGGUGCUGUGCCGCGGCGGGGACGGCCGCUGGGCGGCGGUGUGCGGCCGCGUGGGCGUGUGCGGCUUCAGACUGGGCCUACCCAAGGCGGUGACGGCGGCGGCCGUGUCCGACACCGCCUGCAGCCGCUGCGGCCUAGUGGCGGCGGAGGGAGGGGCCGGAGGCGGCGCCGGCGGCGCGUACGGCGGCGGCGGCGGCGGCGGCGGCAGCGGCGCCUACGGAGGUGGCGGCGGCGGCGGGGGCCCGGGUCCGGGUCCGCUCAUGUGUGCGGCGCUGCGGUUCCGUAUGGCGCAGCUGCCGUCGGGGCUACUGCAGGACCCCAACCUGACGGCCUGCCUCGUGUGCGACCCCCGGGUCAAAGAGGUCCUGGAAGCCUGCGGCGUAGGCGGCCCCGGGGCAGGCGGCGGCGGAGGCGGCGGCGGCGCUCGUGGGAGAGCAGCAGCUGGAAGCGGCGGCGGCGGCGGCGGUCGUGGCGGCGGCAGGAAUACGGCGGCGGCUUCGGCGGUGCGCAACGCUCUGGCAAACGCACGCGGCGGCAACAACCACCAAAACCAUAACCGCCACGGCGGCGGCGGCGGCUCGCAGGCGCUUGAAACUGGCGGCGCGUACGGCAGUGAGGCUCACUACAGCAACGGUAAUAACGGCAAUAACGGGAAUGGUGGCGGUUACGGAGGGGCCGAUCAUGAUGACGACCUUGGUGGUGACCAGGGGCGAGGCGGCGGCGGCGGCGGCGGCGCCCGUCGUGGCCGCCGCGGCGCGUCCGCGUCCCGUGCGGCGACCGGCGGGCGUGGCGGCGGCGGGACGCGGUCUCGGUCUGAGCCUGCGACGGCGCGAUCCGGCGGCCGCGGCGGCGGCGGCAGGCGCGACGCCGCCAGUGAAGACGGUGGCGGAGGCGGAGGCGGUGGUGGCGGCCGCGGGAGAGGCGCGGGGCGGGGCAGGGGCGGCGCUGCCACCUCGGGUUCCGGCUCUCGCGGCGGCGGCGCUGGCGGCGCUGGCGUGCCGCUGUGUCCGCGGCACAACGCGCCGUGCCGGCGCUUUGUGUCCAACAGCGCUGCCAACCCGGGGCGUGCGUUCUUCAAGUGUGGGCACGAGGACCGGGGGGAGCAGGACGCAUGCGGCGCCUUCGUGUGGGAGGACCAGUGGGACGGCGCGUCGGCGGCGCCGGCACGCGGAGGAGGGGGAGGAGGAGGGGGAGGAGGGGGAGGGGGUGGCGGCAGAGGGGCGGGAGGAGGCGGGGGAGGGGGUUACGGUGGGAGAGGGGGAGGCGGCGGAGGGGGAGGGGGGACGUAUGUGUCCGCGACGGGCGUUGCGUUCGGCGAGGGUGGGGGAGGCGGAGGUGGAGCUGGGGGCGUGUGUUUCCGCUGCAACCAGCCAGGGCAUUUUGCCCGCCAGUGCCCCAACUCGUGAUCGGCCUGACUACGCUUGAAUUAUUGCUGAGAGCAUGACUGUGGAGUUUGUGUGCAAGCUUUGAAUGUAUUGGACACAUGUACGUGUACGUUUGUGUGUAUACGUAGCGCAUUGCAAGUAAGGUUUGGAUACGUGCGGUUGCGCGCGUUUACACGCUUCAAGCUGGAACCUACCAGGAGGGUGGAUUGCGUUGGUGGGGCAGCGGUGGUGGUGGGGCAGCGGCGGUGGGGCAGCGGCGAGUUAUUGUUUCAGCCACCGCCGCUGCUGCCACACGUGUCAAAGAGCACAAGGAACAACAAUGUGUGUGUAAGCGCCGGUGUAUGUGUACGGCAUGUGUGCGGCGUGCAGCAGCAGGAUGUGUGGAUGAGUGUCCGUACGGCGGUCGCAACACGCGGGUGGCGCGUGUGUGUGUGUGUGUGUGUGUGUGUGUAUGUGUGUGUGUGUGUGUGUGUGUGUUAAAGAGCACAAGGAAAACGUUACGCAAAGACAGUGUAUGCGAUGCAGCAAAGCGACGGUUUACGGAUGUUACCUGAAGUUACCUCGCAUACCUGCUGCGGUGAGCCGCCGGUCUUACCAACCGGAAAUCGCGCAACCCAGUGCAACCCCCGCUACUCUAACCUCGAGGGGGGAUUAGUGUCCACACGCUCUCAAGGGUGCAAACCCAUGCAUGUGCUCACGGUACCGUGAGGCCCAGGCACUCCUACGAUUCCUAGCUCCGCGUCGCUACUCUAUAUGUGUAUAUGUGUGUGUGUGUGUGUGUGUGUGUGUGUGUGUGUGUGUGUGUGUGUGUGUGUGUGUGUGUGUGUGUGUGUGUGUGUGUGUGUGUGUGUGUGUGUGCGUGCGUGCGUGUGUGUGUGCGUGUGUGUGUGUGUGUGUGCGUGUGUGCGUGUGUGCGUGUGUGUGUGUGUGUGUGUGUGUGUGUGUGUGUGUGUGUGUGUGUGUGUGUGUGUGUGUGUGUGUUGCUACCAAACAAGUGUGCGUGGGGGCCGCCGACUCCGCGACCGAGCGGGCCCGAAGGGCAUUGUCGUGCGUGCGUCGGACGUCCGGGAUGAGGGCGACAUGCGACUUCGUUUUUGUUGUUGAUGCUGGGCAACGAACCCGCCUUCCUAGGCGGGUGCUGCAGUUUGCACAAUCAGAUCCCAUAACCCGUGUAACGCGAAAGACCC